AAUUUUUUAAAUAGCAUUCGAAGAUACUUUUGAUCCCACUAUUGAAAUGGAAAUUUAAUUUUAUACUUUUUCAUUAAUUAAAAUGAAGUAUUAAAUGUCCAAAAAUGGUACACUGGCCACAAAUGGUACCUCUACCCUAUUUCAAUAACUGGCUACCUCAUUAAAAGUUGCUGCAGCCUAUAAAAAUAGUAGAUUAUACACCUAGGGAGGAAAGUAAGACGUUACAAACACGGGUCGAAAUGUCCUAUUUUCCUUCCUAGGUGUGUAAUAUACUAUAAAUAACAACAUUUGUCUAAAAACGCGUGUCGCGCAGAGAUAGACACGAUGAUUCUUUCCCGCACAAUAAAAAAGGACACUAUAUGAUAGAUGCGCGUACUACGUCGACAGAAACAAGAGUAGCCAGAAAGAGAGAAAACAUUUUUACUUGACGUGUUUUGAAUUUCAGUGUAAACAAUAACCUCGCUCAUACCACGUGGAAAAAUUUCAAAAUAACGAAAGCAUUAUUGCAAACUCAAAAUAUGAAGAAGUGUUUUUUGUGUGGUGCAAAGGAAGCUGUGCGGGAUUUUGAUAAGAAAAAAUUUGAAGAUUGUUAUGUUAAAAUUUUAUUUCGUAAAAAAAAAAAAUUUCAAAUAUGGUAAUAUAAAAUUCAGUGCUGAGUUAGCCAAUGUGUUUGGUUAUCACUAUGAGUGUUUCAAUAAAGUAAUAGUUAUGAAGUCAAAGUACAAAGAUGAUUUUGAUGCCUUUUUUAAAUCACAAGCAAUACCAAAAUUUUCAACAUCUCACGAUGAUCAGGAUCCAUCUGCAACUUCUACAAAAAUUGUCUCUGCAACAAGCCAGCAGCUCCCAGACGCUUCUCAUUCUACUGUUGCAGAUAUAAAUUCUACAGAGGCUCAAUCUUGUACAUCAGCAUCUCUAGAUCCAAGAAAUGAUACUCACAGUUUAGCGUCUGUGACCAUUUCACCAAUCGCGAUUGAAAAAUUAAGAUCCUAUGAAAACCAAAUAAAAAUUGAAGAAUCGGAUAAUGAAACAUCUGAGGAAGCACUUUCAUCUAUAUCGAUUAAAAAUACAGCCUGUAUUUUUUGUGGACACAAAACCAAACGAGUUGGCAAGAAAAAAAUGAACGUGACAUUUUCACAGGCUCAGUCAACUAUUGAUACCAUCUCCAGAGCAGCUAAAGCAUUCGAUGAUACUCGCUUGCUGUCAAAACUGGAUAAUCAGAAGGCAGUACCUUAUCAUGCAGCCUGUUUUUCUACUUAUCAUGUCCGAUUCAAGCGCCAGACGACGGAUCGGGCUGAUGAUAGUUACUGGCAUACAAACAGAGAUAUUCAUAAACAGGCAUUUAAUGCACUUGGGAACUUUAUUGAGGAAGAAGUGAUCAAGAAGAAGAAAAUAUUUUACUUGACACAAUUGUUGUCUCGGUACAAAGCUUUGCUGUUAGAGUUUGGAGAAGAGAAAGUAUGUCUGGCUGACUUUGAAGCGUAUAGAGCUGAAAAUUUAGAAAGAAAAAUUUUAACAGUUUAUGGAGAUCGACUAAUCAUUGAAGCAUCUACCGGUUCAUUGCGAAAAAAAAUUUUAUAUGCAGACGAUAUCGAUGUUUCCAUGCUGGACAGUGAAUCAAUGAUGUUAGAAACUAAAAACCAUGAAAAGUUAGAGGAUGUGGCUUUUGAUUUGCGGUAUUGUGUAAAAACACAUAAAAGGAGAAGGCUAUCAGAAAAUUUACGCGUGAAUGGUGUUAUUAAAAACGAAUUUGACAUUCCGAAAGAACUUUAUGAUUUUAUGAGUAAUUUAGUCGAAGGACCGGAUGUGAAUAGUAAAAAUCCUGAUGGGAAUUCGGUUACAAUUGAAUCGUUGUGUAGUGACAUCAUUAAUGCUAUUACUUAAGAUUCAAAUUAUGUUUAAUUUAGGAGCGUUUCAUAUGCAAAUGGAAUCUUUUAAAGCUGUUGGAAAAUUCAUUGAGUUUCAAGGAUCAGUUGACAUUCUAGUCCAGAAAAAAGCGCUAGCUGUGGGUUCAAUGAACAAUUUUUUAGAUAUUAAACAUUUUAAUCACUGCAGACGGCUUCAUCCUCUUACGUCAGCCGCAUUGCACAAUAAUAUUUUUUAAUAAUUAUAAAUUUUGAUUUGACACCAUCUUCCACCGUGUUAGAAGUCGUUAAAACAGAAGAUAUUACGAACAAUCUAAAAAAAAUUUAAACAAAUAAAUAUGACAUUAAUAAAAAUAUUUUUGAAAUACAUACAAACGACUUAUUAAUUUCUUAGUAUGCAUUUUCUCAUUUAUUUUUUCUGAUAAUCUAUGAAUUGUUAAUAAAAACUAAAUAAUUGUUUGACGUCUGCUAUACUAGUCAUGUUUUUUUCAUUGCUAAAAAAAAGAGUAAAUUAUUCUGAAAAAAAAUUGAACUCAAGGUAAUUAUGUAGAAGUGGGGCUGCUUACAUUUUUUGCAAUUAAAAAAAGUAUUUGAGAUACGUACUUCGUUUUAUUAAUCUUUAUUGAUAUUUGGUAGAAAAAUUGAGUUACCUAUUUUUUUUUCACUUAUAAGUCGAAAAUUUCAUAGUUUUUAGAAAAUAAAAAAAAAAAAACGAAAAUUUGUAACUUCAAACAAUCAUUAAGAACGGGAUCAUGGUUCCAAAAUGCUCAUUUACCCAUCGAAAAAUAUUGUUCGUUCAUUACGCAGUAUUUAUUACUCAAUCCACCUCACUAACAAUAUUUGAUAAACGAAUUCAAAAUAUCUCCAAACACAUGUAGUGAUUGGAGUGCUUUUAUAAGGGAAGUGUUAGAAUAUUGGGUUGUAAAAAAUUCUAAUCCUAAGAUUGGUGGUCGCAAUAAAAUAGUUGAGAUUGAUGAGGCUAAAUUUGGUAUCAGAUAAUAUAACAAAGGGUGAAUUAUUGAUGGACAAUGGCUAUUUGGUGGUUUUGAAAGAGAUACUAAAAAUUUUUUCAUUGAACCUGUACGUAAUCGAACUAAAGAAAUAUUAUUGGAAGUGAAAAAAAAAAGAAUACGUCGCGGAUCAACUAUUUAUUCUGAUUUUUGGAAAGCUUAUGAUUGCUUAGAAGACGAAGGUAUUGAAGUAAAAAAAAAUAACUGAAAAUAGUAUUACAAGUACUAUAAAUUAUGAUGAUGAUGUAUUAAAUUAUUAAAAAUAUUUUAGGAUUUCGUAAUUUGUCUGCAAAUCAUUCAGUAAAUUUCGUUGACCCUGAGACUGGUGCACGUACCAAAAAUAUUGAAAGAACUUGACGUAAUGCACGAGCAAAUAUUCCGAAAUAUGGGCGAUCUGAGGAUAACAUGGAGGGAUAUAUUGCGAAUUUUAUGUUCAGAAAUCGAUUUGCAGACCACACAUUACGUUUGCAUAAUUUUUUUGUAAUAUAUUGUUUGUGUAAUAUAGGUCCGGUGACUUAGAU